AUGGUCUUUUGGAGCAUUCUGGAGCAUAUGGGACAUAAGGAGCAUGGAGGGACUUGGCACAUGGAAGCAGCUCAACUGGAUACGCAAAGGAAGAAGGGAGAAGCCAUCUUGAAGACCAGCUCGACCGUCCACUCGACCAACCGGUCGAGUUCCUCAACUCGACCGGCCAAGCUUCAACUCGAUCGAGCUGGGGAGUCAAAGUCAAACCCGAAAAAUGUUGCUUCCCCCUUGACUUUCCUUUGA